CGGGCCUUUGUUGCCUAGGUAUUAACUGUGGCUACAUCCAACGAUCUUGGGGGCCUAGAGUGGCCGGAUGGCGUGCUUUGGACGCUACUGUGGGAAGACCCUAUUAUUUAAAAAUAGCUCAACUGAAAUAUAUGGAGAAUGUGGGGCGUGCCCAAGAGGACAGAGAACAAAUGAAGAGAAAUACUGUCAGCCUUGCACUGAGUUCCCGGAACUUUAUGACUGGCUUUACCUUGGUUUCAUGGCGCUGCUUCCUCUAGUUUCCCAUUGGCUCUGCAUUGAAUGGGACUCAAAGAAAAGUUGUUCCAGCGGUGUGUUCUUUCAGCAAGUCUCUGCGUUACUUGAAUGCAGUAUGGCGGCCGUGGUCACAUUGCUUGUAAGUGAUCCCCCGGGCACCCUUUCCAUCUAUUCCUGCGGGGUACGAAUGCUUUCAGAUUGGUACACGAUGCUCUACAAUCCAAGUCUAGAUUACAUCACCACCCUGCACUGUACUCAGGAAGCCGUGUACCCACUGUACACCAUCGUGUUCGUGUAUUACGCUUUCUGCUUGGUAUUCAUGAUGCUGCUCCGACCGUUUCUGGUGAAGAAGAUCCAGUGGAGCCUAUACUUGCCAAACCCAUUUGAAAGUAUUUACACUGCUCUCUACUUCUUCCCGGGUUUGACUGUGUUGCAGGCCGUUGCAGGCGGCCUCCUGUACUAUGCCUUCCCCUACAUCGUACUGGUGGCAUCUUUGGCUAAUCUGGCUGUGUUCCUGGUUUUUGCUAAAAUUGAGAGCUACAGUGAUCUGAAAAGAAAGGACAGACUUCUUGUCCUGUUCAACCACUGGUUUCUUCAUGCCUUUGGCUUAAUUGCCCUCUCCAGAGAGAACCAGCUUGAACAAGAUCUGCUCCUUCUAUGUUUGGUACCUGUCCCAGCCCUUUUCUACUUCUUCACUACCAAAUUUACCAAACCAUCACGAAUAAUCUCAGAAGGAGCCAAAGGAAACUGAAUACAAACUAGAAAGAAAAACUACUUAAGUGUUUUUAACUUUAAAAAGUAAAGAAAAUUUAAAACGUAUUAAUAUCAUUCUGUGAGAGAUGGGAAUAGUAAAUAUAUAUUUGUGUGUAUGUAUGUAUGUGUGUGUGUAUAUAUAUACAUAUAAAACAAUCUUUUGUUUUUAUUGUAUGUGUGUAUCUGCAUAAAUGUAUGUUACAUUUGUGCAGGUGUCGAUGCAGUCCAGAAGGGGGCACCAGAUCCCUGAAGUUAAUUUCAGGUCAUUGUGAGCACCUGAUGUAGGUGCUUGGUGCUAAACUCUCCUCAUCUGGAAGAGCAGCAAACAUGGUUCACUGCCGAGUCAUCUCUCCAGCCCCAAGAAAUAGUAUAUUUCCAUGCUUAUGAUGUAGGUGCUUGGUGCUAAACUCUCCUCAUCUGGAAGAGCAGCAAACAUGGCUCCCUGCCGAGUCAUCUCUCCAGCCCCAAAGAAAUAGUAUAUUUCCGUGCUUAUUUUCUUUCUGUUGUUUUUAUUUAUACUUUUUACUAACAUCUAUAGUUAGACUUGUAAAACACAAUACACACACACACACACACACACACACACACACACACACACACACACUAUAGUAUAGUAUCUACUGCCCUAGAAUCCUAUUCGGAAGUCUGAGCUAUUCUUUAGCACAUAGUGGUUAUUCUAUUCAGACUAAUGGGAAUAUCCCAUCUUCUUACGAGAAAAAAACCUGAACAGUUAGAACCCGAAAGCCUCGGCACUGGCUUGAUCAUUUGUACUUGUUCUGUCUCCAUUUUCUUUUCACCUUUAAAGCAUCACAAUGGCAAACAUGCUUACAGGGUGUGACAGCAAAUACAGAAAUAAAUUAUAGGGGUUUUGUAGUUGUCCUAUAUUUAUUUUUACCAAUAUACUGUUUUCAUAAUACAAAAAUAGAGCAUCAUUUAUAUACCAAGCUUUCUGUUUGGAGAGAGCUUGAAGACGUGUUUUGACUUUUGUCUCUAU